AUGAUUGUGCGCAUUAUAUCAAAAAAAUUCGAUAUUUUAGCAAUAUUCAUUAUCAGUUUAUUGUUAUGUAUUAGAAUUACAUGUAUAGAUCCAAUUGAUGACAAUAAUCGAAAUGAUAAGAAUGAUCAAACUAUUAUCGAUGAGUAUUCUUCACAAUUAAAUGAUAAUAUAUCAUCAGAUACCAAUUCGGAAAGUACGUCCAUAAUCGAAAAUGAUGUAUUGACGAUAUCAGUAGAAGAUAAAUCAGACGCGUCCGAUGAAGUAUUUUCAUCAACAAAUUCCCUAUUUAUAGCAGAUAAUCAAGUGAAUGAUGAUCAACCAACAACCACAGCAACACCAUUAGUAACUAAGAAAAAUCUAUCGAAUAUUAAUUCAUUCGAAGAAUGGAAACAGCAACAACUUUAUGCUGAUUUAAUAAAAAAAGGCAAAGCUACCGAUCAAAAUAGUGUAGCAUCAGAGACAUCUUCACCAGGUUCAUCAAAAGGAGGAACUUCAACAUCAACAAAUGGUCAACCAGUAGUAUCAAAUGGAGGUUCGCCAAAGAAGGGAAAACUUCGAAAAAAUUUUGCAAGUGCAUCAUGUGGUGCAAAAAUACUUGCUCAUAAUGUUGAAGCACAAAAUGUGCCAUCGAUUUUAUCUUCAUCGCCAGAUGAAUAUAUGCUCAAUCCUUGUAAUGCAAAAAUUUGGUUUGUUAUUGAAUUAUGUGAAUCAAUUCGCAUAUUUAAUAUUGAAAUUGCCAAUUUUGAACUUUUUUCAUCAGUUCCAAAAUCAUUCCGAGUUUCAGCUUCGGACAGAUAUUCAACAAAAGAUUGGCAUCGUCAUCAUUUGGGUACAUUUAAUGCAUCAUUUAAUCGUACAAUACAAAGUUUUCAAACACUUGAAUCUACAACAUAUCUUAAAUAUGUUAAAUUUGAAUUAUUAGAUUUUCAUGGACAUGAACAUUAUUGUCCAUUAAGUGUUGUGCGUAUACAUGGAUCAAAUGUUGAAGAUGAAUUAAUAACAAUGGAAGAAAAUACGAAUUUAGUUGAUUCAAAUUCAUUUACAAAUAUACAAGAUGGAACACAAGAUGAUGAUGACGAUGAUGAUAAUGAUUUAUCUAAUGAACAACAAGUUGGUGGUAUUAUUGGUUCUGCUAUAAUUGAUUUAGCAAAAAGAGUUUUUCGUCGUCAAACGAUUCGUGGUACAAUAUCAACAACAUCAAUACCAAUAACAACAACAAAUGAAUUAAAAACUGAUUGUCAUCAAUCAGUUUUUAAUAAUUCUGCUACUAAUGAUAGUAUUAAAUUAUGGCGUCAAAGUGAUACAUUUAAACAAUGUAUAGCUGAAUUUCUUGAAGGUUUAUGGGUAAAUUUUACUACAUGUACUAUUUAUUUAUCCCACAUUUGUUUGAAAUCAAAUUAUUGUUGUCAAUGUCCAUCAACAAUUAUAAAUAAUAAAACUAAUCGAAUAAAAUCAACGUUAAAUAUAUAUAUUAAUCCAUGUGGAUAUUAUCAUAUUUUAACUAAUCAUCUUGUAUGUGAAAAAGAAAAAUUAAAUAAUGUUAAUAAGACAAUACCAACAAAUUUAAAUAGUGAAUCAACGGAGGAUUCUAGUGAAAAAAAUGUAACUAUUGAAAAAAAUGAUACUGUAACGAUUGUGAACGAAUCUACAAAUGUAUCUGCUAAUCAAUCUGAGUUGAAUCUUAGCAAUUUAUCAUCAAGUGUGAAUCAAAUUCCAACUAUAAUAGAUCGUACUGUCGAACAAACUUUCGCCAAUAAUAUAUCAGAUGAAACACCAGUGGUGGUCGAAUCAGAAAUUCCAGCGGAUAUAACAAAUGAAACUUCUUUUCAACCUUCAACUAUUGAAUCAACUAAUAUUGAUUUUGAGUCGGUCGAAUCAACAGUUGAUCCUAAUACUAUCGAUGAAAUUGCAGCAGCAACACCUUCUACAUUAACAAAUCAUGAAGCAAUGCCACCACUUAUAUCGAGUACAUGGCUUAAAGGCAUGUUAAUUAAUACAAAAUCUUUACCUGAAUUAUUUAAAGUAAUCGAAAAACUUAAUUUUAACUUAACAUUAAGUAAUCGAUAUUUACAAGAACUUAGUCAACAUUAUGUAAAAAAACUUGAUGAAACACAACAAACAACUGAUCUUCUAUUAAAAGCAUCAAAAAGUGCUAAUGAAAAAUUACAAAAUUUAGAAGAACAUUUCUAUAAAUUACAAGAAGAUUUCAAUGAUAUAUCCUAUCGUUUAAUAAAACUUGAAGCAUGGAUUCCAUUCAUAGUUUUUAUUAUGUUUUGUUUAAUUAUUUGGAGUAUUUGGUUAACAUGUCGUAUUAGUCGUUUACGAAAUAAAUUAAAUCGUAUUACAGAUGAAUAUAUCAAAAUAAAAACUGUUAAAGUAAUCGAUGAUGAAGAAGAAGAAGAAGACAAUAAUGAUGAUGAUAAUCCUCCAAUAAUUUGUAAUGGUUUAUCUAAGCGAAAAUUAUCAACUGAUUCAAGUGAUUCAAAUCCUACACGUUCUCAACGUGUACCUGAUGAUCCACCUUUAACAAAAAUAAAAGAAAAUGGUGUCGAAAAAAUUGAACAUAAAAAUAAAGGAAAGCCAUCAAAUCAAACUCGACACUUAUUAACAUUAAGUACAAUUUAA